AUGAGCAAUGCCACCAUUCCUACUGGCCUUCGCGUCUGCAAAGAAUCACGAGAUGAGACUCUGAGAUUCUAUAAGCUCUGCUUCGCUGCGGACCCUUCGAACGCCCGUAUAUACUUCAACGUUGACUGCGAUGUUCCACACCUUAUCACUCAACCUUUGGAUCCAUACUUUUAUAAUCUACACAUGUCUAAUCACCUUUUCACGCCACAGAAUAUGGGCAGCCCUCUAGCCACAUACCCCAGACUCUUUAGCAUAGCUCACGCCGCUAUCAAAAACGAUAUAAAAGCUGUCUGUUUGGAAGAUUGUAGGCUCCUUGCCGGUGAAUACGAAGGACCUCCCAUGCACUUGUUUGGGCCAAAUUGCCAGGUGUUUGACUUCUAUGGAAUUUACUUUCGCACGCAAAAUUUGUAUUACGGCGAGCUUCCGCAACAGAGCUUGUGCCAACGGAUUGGAGAAAUGUUUGGCACUUCAAAGUUCGCAUACAUUGAUGGUCAUCCACCAAUCUUUCCUAUUGGCUGGACAUCAGCACCUUCCCAUCAACCAUCAGAUUCUUUUGCUCCCUCACUGAACAAGUUUGGGCCGCGGAUUGUCACGGAUUCAAUGACAUUGCCUGGCAGUUUAUUGAACAGAAGAUCAACAAGACUCGUGAGGAGUACCGAAAGGCUAGUCUGA